UAACAGGUGGGAUCCCGCGGCGUGGUGGAGGCGGCGCGGGAGGGGGGAAGAGGAGGAGGAGGAGGAGGAGGAGGAGGAAGAGCGGUGGCAGCGGGAGCCUGAGCAGGAGCAGGAUGAGCCGCGCGAGCUGACAGCCGCCGCCGCCCGCGCCCAGGCUCGGUCUCGCUCCCCGCGACCGGGGCCGCUCCCCGCCUCCCGCCUCCCCGGCCGCCCGCGGGGCGGCCCGCCCCCUCUGCACCUCCGGGCCCGGAGCUGCCUCCAUCGCUCCUGCAUCCCGGCCGGGGGGAGGAGGAGGCGGAGCAGGAGACGAGCCGGAGCCGCCGCCGCCAACGCCGCCGCCGCCGCCGCCGCCCGAGCAGGACAGAGCGCGCCGCAGCCCCGUGCGUCCGGCCGCCGCCCGCCGCCCGCCGCCGCCACAGCCCGGCCACACAGCGGGACAGCACCCGCCCGGCCGCCCAGCCCGGUCCGGCCCCGGCGGCCCGCCCCCGAGGGCGCCGGGCGCGGCGGGAGGAUGCCGAAGCCGACGCUGCUGCUGCGCGGGGGCUGGGAGCGCGAGCGGAGCCCCGGGGACUCGGAGCUGGGCCGCCAGUUCCGGGACUGGUGUCUGCGCACCUACGGCGACUCGGCCAAAACCAAGACGGUGACACGCAGCAAAUACCAGCGGAUCGCCGAGGUCCUGCAGGGCGGCGGCGGGACCGGCGCGGGCAGCGGCCCCGCGGCCGGCGAGAAAGGCAAGUUCCAGUUCUGGGUGCGCUCCAAGGGCUUCCGCCUGGGCAGCGGCCGGGAACCCAAGAUGGGCCAAGUGGUGUAUGUGCCGGUCAAGACGGGCUCGGGGGCAGAUGGCCUGUCGGAGCCGGAGGGCAUCUCUCUGAAGCGGGUCGCUGUGGUGGAAGAUUUCUUUGACAUCAUCUACUCGAUGCAUGUGGAGAGCUCGGCAGAGCCAGGCAAAGCCCCCAAGCACGCCGGGCAGAAGAAAACCUACCGAGCGAUUGCGGAGACCUAUGCCUUUCUUCCACGUGAGGCUGUGACCCGCUUCCUGAUGAGCUGUACAGAAUGUCAGAAGAGGAUGCACUUUAAUUCCAAUGGCCUAGAGCCCAAAGGUAAGGGGCUGAGGGAGCCUCUGCAGGGUGGGGAUCCCCCACUAG